AUGAAGAAUGAUGAAGAUGAAGAUGAGAGGAGGAGAGAAAGUUCCGGUGAUGGUGAUCCCUCUACAGAAUCCCAGAAUGGUGAAGAUGAAGAUGUGGUUACAGUGAAAAGAGAGAGGAAAGAGGAUUUUCUGUGCGGUCAAGAAGAAGACAAUGAUGGAGUGCAGGGUUGGAAAACUUGGAGCCGGGACAUGAAACCUAUCGCAGAAGCAAUUUUGUACAUGGUUGAAUCAAAGUUUGACAAAGAGUUUGGAGGUUGCAAAAAUGGCAUCAUGAAGUCAUAA